AGGGCGUGAGGCUCCGGGCCCGCUGGGUGGAAGGAACCGCCUGUGGGAAGGAGGUAAACGAGAGCCGGGCCGGUCCCCGGAGGCCCCUGCUGCUGGCGAGGGGGACGGGAUGUCGUCAAGCAUCCUGUCCGGGGACGCUAACUGCGUGGUCCUCCCGGAGAGAUAAGUGCUCUUGCAGUGUGGCCACGAACGGAAGGAGUCGCUCUCAGUGACAUUUGGUUUGAUGACUACAUCACUCUUAUUUUGUGAUGGGGUCUUUGUCCGUAGAUUUGUUGUAAAGGGGCGUUCCCUGGGUUUAUUUCCUGCUCAAGUUCCCGCUGCCGCGGGAGCUUGCAUUCACUGGUAGGCAGAUGCUUUGUUGGAGAGCUGGGAACCAAACUGAUUUUCUUCAUUGUGUUUAUGUUUGGUUUUGGGGUUUGCUUUUGCUAUAAAUGUUCUAGGAGCCACUCGGCCUUGCCUCACGCUGAUGGUGCGGGGUGGGAGGGGGUGGAGGGACACCACUGUGGGAAUUCCUGCUGAGACUUCUCCAGUCUCCAGCUGCGUCAGGAGCUCUGCCUCCUGCGUUCACAUCCUGGGGCCUCAGGGAGUAACUUGUGGGUGGCCGGUUGACUGGGACUCCUUCUGUGGGAAUUGGGUGGAACUCUCUGAGGACAGUCACGCGUUUACGCACCAGCCCGCACAGCAACAGCACUUCUACAUAGAGAGAGGGGUGCCUGGGGGAUUUACCUCAUCCGUUUGGUGGAGGUAUUCCUGCACAAGAUCAGGGAAGCAUAAGCGACCACAAGUCUCCACUCGCUGGGAGGCUCUGAACGGCCACUAGACUCCUCGAUGUGAACAAAACUUAAGAAGUCGAGUAUUUUCAAGCCGAUGGACCUCAAUCUUAUCAUCAAACUCCUUGAAGAGGAUGAUUUGGACUCAGAAGAAAAACAACUUAAUUGUAUCAAAAAACUGGUGCGCUGUUAUCAGAACGGAUUUCCUCUAAGAGAUUUGUCACAGAUAUUUAAAAUUCUGAGUCUGUGUGCAGAAAAAAUUGAAAAACAACCCUCUUUUGUUGAUCCUGCAUCUGACAUCAUAAAAUUGUGUGGCUUGCCAUUUUUUAAAAAGAAAGUAUCGGAUGAAAUAACUUAUACUGAAGAUACUGCUAAUUCAAUUGCAUUUCUGGGUAAAUUAAUGGAAAUACCAAGUUCUAAAUUAAGGAUACAAAUUUGUAAGUGUAUUGUUGACUUCUAUCACGUAGAACCAUCAAAAAAGCACAUUCCAGGCUACCAGCAAGUCAGCUCCUCCUACAAGAUUAAAAUGGCUGAGGUUGGAGAAUUGGCAACAUCAAUGGUCCAGUCAGUUCUCCUGACUGAAAUUCAGCUUGUUGAGAAACUCUGGGUUCUUAAAGUUCUUCAGCAUCUCUCUACUUCUGAUGUUAAUUGCACUUUAAUGGUGAAAGCCCAAGCAGCCAGCAGAAUCUGUGCUCACCUCAAUGACCCAGAUCCCUCAGGACAGCUUCUAUUUCGUUCAUCAGACGUACUUUGGAAUUUAUUGGAAAAAUCUUCAAAAGAGGAAAUUGUACCACAGCUUAGUAACUUGGAAUGCCUGCUGGCUUUGAAGGAUGUAUUUAAAAAUUUGUUUAUGAGGGGCCAUAGUCAUUAUGAUCGUCAACUUAGAAAUGAUAUAUUAGUUAUGACCACAAUUAUAGCUCAGAACCCCGGAGCACCAAUGAUUGAAUGUGGCUUUACCAGGGAUUUGAUACUAUUUGCAACUUUUAAUGAAGUUAAAAGUCAAAAUCCUUUGGUAAAAAGUCUGAAGCUUUCUAAUGCCUAUGAAGAUUUUGAGUUGAAGAAAUUGCUGUUCAACAUAAUUGUAAUCUUAUGUAAAGAUUUAACUACUGUACAGCUUUUAAUUGAUGGCAAAGUCAUUCUGGCUUUGUUUAGCUAUGUCAAAAAGGCUGAGAAACUCAAAAUCGUUGAGUGGUCUGCUGCACAGUACGAAGAGCUACAGCUGCACGCCAUUGCCGCCUUGUCCUCGGUGGCACCUCUGUUAAUAGAUGACUAUAUGUCCUGCCGAGGCAACGCUCGAGUCCUGGCUUUCCUGCAGUGGUGUGAUCGCGAGGAUUCCUUCUUCAUUCAUGGUAACAGUUUCCAUGGUACAGGCGGCCGUGGAAACAAGUUUGCCCAGAUGCGUUACACUUUACGACUCCUCAGAGCCAUGGUUUAUCUCGAGGAUGAGAUGGUGAACACAGAUCUUUGUGAACAGGGGGUUAUUCAUCAGCUGAUAGGAAUCUUUAAAAAUAUGAUAAACAGACUUGAUGAAAAGGAAGAGGCCAUUAUCUUAGAAAUCCAGUCUGACAUCUUACUUAUCCUGUCAGGCCUUUGUGAAAAUUUUAUUAAAAGGAAGGAAAUGUUUGGAGCUGAAGGAGUUGACAUCAUUCUUCAUGUAAUGAAAACAGACCACAAGAAGUUACAGAGUGGCUUAGGCUACAAUGUCCUUCUCUUCAGUACAUUAGACUGCAUUUGGUGCUGCGUUUUGGGAUGUUAUAGUUCUGAGGAUUAUUUUCUCGAAAAGGAAGGGAUUUUUCUCCUUUUGGAUAUAUUGGCAUUGGACCAAAAAAAAUUCUGUAAUCUGAUACUUGGAAUAAUGGUUGAAUUUUGUGAUAAUCCCAAAACUUCUGCUCAUGUCAAUGCUUGGCAAGGGAAGAAAGGCCUGACUGCUGCUAGUCUUUUAAUUAAACUGUGGAGAAAGGAAGAAAAAGAACUAGGAGUAAAACGUGAUAAAAAUGGCAUGAUUGUUGAUACAAAGAGACCUCUAUUUACUAGUUUUCAAGAAGAGCAAAGGACCAUGCCCCUUCCUGCUAACUGCCCAUCUAUUGCAGUUAUGGAUGUCUCUGAGAAUAUCAGAGCAAAAGUUUAUGCCGUGUUGGGCAAACUAGGUUUUGAAAACUUACCUGGCCUAUCUGCUGAAGAUUUUGUCACCCUCUGUAUAAUACAUAGAUACCUUGAUUUUAAAGUUGGGGAAAUAUGGAAUGAAAUAUUUGAAGAAAUAAAGUUGGAAAAGUUAAAAUUAGUUGAUUCAGAUGAAGACUCUUUGAAUUUUAUUAUAGCAGCAUCAGAAAAUGUUGGAAAGAUGGUUGUUUCCUUGCAAAGUGAGAUGAUCGAAAACCAAGCACGCCAAGAUGUGCAAAAUGAACAAAGAGCAUAUGCAAAGAUACAGGCCACACAUAAGCAAAGAGAUCUGGCUAACAAGUCAUGGGAAUACUUCAUGGCUAGAACAUCAAAUCCUAAAACAUUAAAGAAAGCAAAAAGGCUUCAAGAAAAGGCUAUAGAAUCCUCUAGAUAUAUUGAAUGUCCACAAAAUGCAAUAUAUCACCGAACAGUUAUUAAAGGUCUUAACACAACGGUACCUUCGGGUCAGGUGGUGACAGUGGAAAGCACUCCUGCCCGAUUACUGGGAGGACAUCUGGCUGACACUGACAUUGCUCUUAAAACACUGCCUAUUCGAGGAGGAGCCUUGCAGAAGGUGAAAAUGAAGACACUGAAUGAGCCUAAAAAGGGCAUCCCUAUCUGAUGUUCUCUGGAACCUUUUGAAAUAAAUCCUAUGUGGAACUUUUUAGAUGUAAAAGGUUGUAAAACAACUUAUAAAACAACUUUUUGAAUGUAUAUUUAUAUAUAAAUGUAAGGCAAAAUUUAGAAUAAAUAUUUUAGUAAAAUAUUAUAAAAAAGUAAAGUCAGGAUAAGAUAGUUUAUUUUUAUUGAAAACACUGACAUAUGUAUCAGAAAAGCUAUCACCACUAUCUUUGGAAAGACUAUUGGUCCCCUCCCUGAAGUUGUAAAGUUUAUCAGUUAGAACUUUUGGCUGUCCAUCAGUUAAUCCAAAUAGUCUACCCUAAAUGUUGUUUUCAUGGCCUUUGUAUCUCCCAUCCUGAGUAAUUUAGACUGGGGGCACUGUUGGAUUGAAGGGCUGAAACUGAGUUAGUAGGAAUCUCCUUGCAGCAGGACUACCUUGCAUUUAUCCAGUGGAAAAGUGUAGAUGUGAGGUAACCUCUCUCACAGCAGCACAAACUUCUCUGCUUUUCGUUCUCUCUUCAUAUCCUGUACAUGCUCCUCUUGAGUCCUAGUGGAUAUGCUGUCUAGGCUGCCCUUUCUGAGAGAUGGACAGUCUGUUUUCUUCCAUGAGUCAGCUGAGACAAAUUUCAAGCUUUCAAAAAAUAUAUACUAAUCAAAUAAAACAUGUAUUUUGGACUCAGAA